GGCGCGGCCCCGGGGCGCACCCGCGUGUCCGGCAUGGUGCUCAAGGCCUUCUUCCCCACGUGCUGCGCUGCAGCGGACAGCGGCCUGCUGGUGGGCCGGUGGGUGCCGGAGCAGAGCAGCGCCGUGGUGCUGGCGGUGGCCCACUUCCCGCUCAUCCCCGUCCAGCUCAAGGCGCUGCUGGCCCGCGCACAGCAGGCCGGUCGGGUGAGCGUGGCCGUGCUGGGCACCUGGUGCCACCGCCGGCGCCCGGAGGAGAGCCUGGGCCCUUUUCUGGAGGGCCUGGGCGCCAUCUUCCCGCACCAGCCUUGGCUGCAGCUGUGUCGGGAGAGGGACAGCCAGCGCUGGAGCUGCAAGGCCACCCGUGGGCAGGGCCCCGCCACCCCCAGCGACCCCCAGGUCAUGCUGGUCUUCUAUGACCAGCGCAAGGUGCUGCUCACCCAGCUCCACCCGCCCGCGGCACUGCCUGACCACCAGGCUGGCGAUGCCACGGCCAGUGCGGGGAGCCUGGCCGCUGUCUUCGACACCGUGGCCCGUGGCGAGGUGCUCUUCCGAAGUGACCGGUUCACCGAGGGCCCCGUGCGGCUGAGCCACUGGCAGUCUGAGGGCGUGGAGGCCAGCAUUCUUGUGGAGCUGGCCAAGCGGGCCUCGGGGCCCGUCUGUCUGCUGCUCACCAGCCUGCUGUCCCUUGUGUCUGCCGCCAGCGCCUGCCGCGUGUUCUGGGCGUGGCCGCUGUCCUUCAUCUGGAGCAAGCUGUCUACCUGCGAGCAGCUGGGGCACCGGCUGGAGCACCUCAGGCUGGUCUUCAGCACCCAGAGAGCCGAGGACCCCGCCCAGCGGAUGAGGAAGGCCAACGCGCUCGUCUCCGUGCUGCUGGACGUGGCCCUGGGCCUGGCGCUGCUGUCCUGGCUGCACAGGAAGGACCGCCUGGGACAGCUGGCCGACGCCCUCGUGCCCGCGGCUGAUCACGUGGCCGAGGAGCUGCAGCACCUUCUGCAGUGGCUGAUGGGCGCGCCGGCCGGGCUCAAGAUGAACCGGGCGCUGGACCAGGUGCUGGGCCGCUUCUUCCUGUACCACAUCCACCUGUGGAUCAGCUACAUCCACCUCAUGUCGCCCUUCAUCGAGCGCAUCCUGUGGCACGUGGGCCUGUCCGCCUGCCUGGGCCUGACGGUGGCCCUGUCCCUGCUGUCGGACAUCGCGGCCCUGCUCACCUUCCACAUCUACUGCUUCUAUGUCUACGGGGCCCGGCUGUACCGCCUGAAGGUCUGCGGCCUGUCCUCCCUGUGGCGCCUGUUCCGCGGGAAAAAGUGGAACGUCCUUCGCCAGCGGGUCGACUCCUGCUCCUACGACCUCGACCAGCUGUUCAUCGGGACGCUGCUCUUCACCAUCCUGGUCUUCCUGCUGCCCACCACGGCCCUGUACUACCUGGUGUUCACCCUGCUCCGGCUCCUGGUGGUCACUGCGCAGGGCCUGACCCACCUGCUCGUGGACCUGGUCAACUCCCUGCCGCUGUACUCGCUCGGCCUCCGUCUCUGCCGGCCCUACCGGCUCGCGGCUGGCGUGAAGUUCCGUGUCCUGGCGCAUGAGGCUGGCGGGCCUCUGCGGCUCCUGAUGCAGAUCAACCCCCUGCCCUAUGCCCGUGUGGCACACGCCUACCGCCUGCCCCGCUCCGGCUGCUCCCCCCAGCACUCCUGGGGUGUCCUGUGCCGCAAGCUGUUCUUCGGGGAGCUCAUCUACCCCUGGAGGCAGAGAGGGGACAAGCAGGACUGAGGGGCCCGCCACACCCACACCCAUCUGCUGGGUGACCCCCGGAG